GCCAGCCUUGUUUAUAAGCACUUGCCACAGGAAAAGAAAGAAAGAAGAAAAGAAAGAAAAGAGGGUACCCCAUCAUACCCAUCAAAGAAAAAGCAAAAGAAAGAGAGGGAGAGAGAAAAGAAACGGACAGAGAAAGAUAAUAAAGAGAGGAAUUCGAGGAAGAAGAAGGUUUCUCUUGAAGUUUGAAGAUUAUGCAGACAAUGGAGCAGCCACAGCAACAGAACCAGUUAAUGGUUCAAAACUCAGGUAGCCUUAGCUUUAGCAGCCAAAUGUCUAAAGAAGAUGAAGAGAUGUCCAGGUCUGCCCUUUCUACCUUUAGAGCUAAAGAAGAAGAGAUUGAGAGGAAGAAGAUGGAGGUUAGAGAGAAGGUUCAACUUCAGUUGGGUCGUGUUGAGGAAGAGACAAAACGUUUGGCCAUGAUUCGUGAGGAGCUUGAAGCAAUGGCAGAUCCCAUGAGGAAAGAAGUUGCUUUUGUGAGAAAGAAGAUUGAUACUGUUAACAAAGAAUUGAAACCACUAGGGCAUACUGUCCAGAAGAAGGAGAAAGAAUACAAGGAAGCUCUUGAGGCUUUCAAUGAAAAGAACAAGGAAAAAGUACAGCUCAUAACCAAAUUAAUGGAGCUGGUGAGUGAAAGUGAGAGGUUGAGGCUGAAGAAGCUGGAAGAGCUGAGCAAGAACAUAGAUUCCAUACACUGAGCAAGAACAUAUAUAUAUAUAUAGCCUAGUGCUGAUAACUGAUUAGGUUGUGUGAUGUAUUUAAGGUAACUUCUUUCUAUAUUUAUAUAUGGGUGUUUUUCAGUUUGAUGUAUUUUAUCCUUGUUUGUUUUUAUUAGCAUUUGAUGGAAUCUUUAGCUGAUUUAGGAGGGGAGAAUGCCUUAAAAAACAGGUUUGUAACUAAAUGUAUCUUGACUCUGCAAUUUGUACUCACUUUCUUUUUUGUUUCUUCUGAUGUUCAUCUUUGUUAGUGUA